UUCUGCGCUUCUCGACGGUGCGGCCCCAGGCGCCGCGGGAGCCGAGGUGCGCCCCUCCCUACCCCGGCGGACGUGGCCCGGCCGACCCUAGGGGCUUCCCUAGGACCCCGCGCCUUAACCCCGGCCAGCGGGAGCGUCUAAGGCUGGCCUUGUGCCCCACCGGCGCUUGGCCUGGGGAGCUUUUCCGCCGGUCGGCGGCCCAGCAGGCGGAGCGGCGUGGGUGUCCAAAGCUAGGCGGAGUCUGGAGCCGGGGAGGCGGCGGCGGCGGCGGGAGCGGGGCCGGGCGCGGCCGGGAGCUCGCCUCUCCCGAGGGUCGCGCCGCAGCUCGGCGAGGGCGGCGUGGCUCGCGCGGCGUGGACUCAGCCGCUCCCGGGUAAGGAGUGCGCAAAUCUCCUCCCCCGUAUUUCCCCGGAAGCGCGGCCGAGUGGAACGCGGCGAUGUGAGGGAGGCGGCCGGCGGCUCCUGCCUCAGGAAGGGCAUGUUCGGAGGGGCGGCCGCGGCACGCCACCCGCCUCUGUGCUCCCUUCCCACUGCCGCCGCCGCAGCGCCCGCACCGCGAUAAAACAGGCGGCCAGGCUUCCUGACGCGAGAUCCGCGCUCGCCGCCGCCUGCCUAGGCGGCGAUGACACCGCGCCCGCGGCGGUCCCAAGGCGCCGGGUGGGCCGUUUGCUGACCGGAUCGCGGCUACCGGCCAACGUGUCCGCGGCGCCGCCGCCAGCAUGGGCUGUGCCCCCAGCAUCCACGUUUCCGAGAGCCUGGAGGUCGAGGACGCACCUAGCCCCGCGGCAUCGCCGCUGUCUUCCGGCGGGCCGCGCCUCCCGCAGGGCCAGAAGACGGCCGCCUUGUCCCAGACCCGCGGCGCCGGCCUCUUGGAGCCUCGCGACGGCAGCGGCAGGAAGGUAGCAGUAGCUGAUGUGCAAUUUGGCCCCAUGAGAUUUCAUCAAGAUCAACUUCAGGUACUUUUAGUGUUUACCAAAGAAGAUAACCAAUGUAAUGGAUUCUGCAGGGCAUGUGAAAAAGCAGGGUUUAAGUGUACAGUUACCAAGGAGGCUCAGGCUGUCCUUGCCUGUUUCCUGGACAAACAUCAUGACAUUAUCAUCAUAGACCACAGAAAUCCUCGACAACUGGAUGCAGAGGCACUGUGCAGGUCUAUCAGAUCAUCAAAACUCUCAGAAAACACAGUUAUUGUUGGUGUAGUACGCAGGGUGGAUAGAGAAGAGUUGUCCGUAAUGCCUUUCAUUGCUGCUGGAUUUACAAGGAGGUAUGUGGAAAACCCCAACAUCAUGGCCUGCUACAAUGAACUGCUCCAGCUGGAGUUUGGAGAGGUGCGAUCACAACUGAAACUCAGGGCUUGUAACUCUGUAUUCACUGCAUUAGAAAACAGUGAAGAUGCAAUUGAAAUUACAAGUGAAGACCGUGUUAUACAGUAUGCAAAUCCUGCAUUUGAAACAACAAUGGGCUAUCAGUCAGGUGAAUUAAUAGGGAAGGAGUUAGGAGAAGUGCCUAUAAAUGAAAAAAAGGCUGACUUGCUCGAUACUAUAAAUUCAUGCAUCAGGAUAGGCAAGGAGUGGCAAGGAAUUUACUAUGCCAGAAAGAAAAACGGAGAUAAUAUACAACAAAAUGUGAAGAUAAUACCUGUCAUUGGACAGGGAGGAAAAAUUAGACACUAUGUGUCCAUUAUCAGAGUAUGCAAUGGCAACAAUAAGGCUGAGAAAAUACCCGAAUGUGUUCAGUCUGACACUCAUACAGAUAAUCAGACAGGCAAACAUAAAGACAGAAGAAAAGGCUCACUAGACGUCAAAGCUGUUGCCUCCCGUGCAACUGAAGUUUCCAGCCAGAGACGACACUCUUCCAUGGCCCGGAUACAUUCCAUGACGAUUGAGGCGCCCAUCACCAAGGUAAUCAAUAUUAUCAAUGCUGCCCAGGAAAGUAGUCCCAUGCCUGUGACCGAAGCCCUAGACCGUGUGCUGGAAAUUCUAAGAACCACUGAGUUAUAUUCACCACAGUUUGGUGCUAAGGAUGAUGAUCCCCAUGCCAAUGACCUUGUUGGGGGCUUAAUGUCUGAUGGUUUGCGAAGACUAUCAGGGAAUGAAUAUGUUCUUUCAACCAAAAACACUCAAACAGUUUCAAGCAAUAUAGUCACUCCCAUCUCCCUUGAUGAUGUCCCACCACGGAUAGCUCGGGCCAUGGAAAAUGAAGAAUACUGGGACUUUGAUAUUUUUGAACUGGAGGCUGCCACCCACAAUAGGCCUUUGAUUUAUCUUGGUCUCAAAAUGUUUGCUCGCUUUGGAAUCUGUGAAUUCUUACACUGCUCUGAGUCAACACUAAGAUCGUGGUUACAAAUUAUGGAAGCCAAUUAUCAUUCUUCCAAUCCCUACCACAAUUCUACACAUUCUGCUGAUGUGCUUCAUGCCACUGCCUAUUUUCUCUCCAAGGAGAGGAUAAAGGAAACUUUAGAUCCAAUUGAUGAGGUCGCUGCACUCAUUGCAGCCACCAUUCAUGAUGUGGAUCACCCUGGGAGAACCAACUCCUUCCUGUGUAAUGCUGGAAGUGAGCUGGCCAUUUUGUACAAUGAUACUGCUGUGCUGGAGAGCCACCAUGCGGCCUUGGCCUUCCAGCUGACCGCUGGAGAUGAUAAAUGCAAUAUAUUUAAAAACAUGGAGAGGAAUGACUAUCGGACACUGCGCCAGGGGAUCAUCGACAUGGUCUUAGCCACGGAAAUGACAAAGCACUUUGAGCAUGUCAACAAAUUUGUCAACAGCAUCAACAAACCCUUGGCAACGCUAGAAGAAAAUGGGGAAACUGAUAAAAAUCAGGAAAUGAUAAACACUAUGCUUAGGACUCCAGAGAACCGGACUCUAAUCAAACGAAUGCUGAUUAAAUGUGCUGAUGUGUCCAAUCCCUGCCGACCCCUGCAGUACUGCAUCGAGUGGGCUGCACGCAUUUCAGAAGAAUAUUUUUCGCAGACUGAUGAAGAGAAGCAGCAGGACUUACCUGUGGUAAUGCCAGUUUUUGACAGAAAUACCUGCAGCAUCCCCAAAUCCCAAAUCUCUUUCAUUGAUUACUUCAUCACAGACAUGUUUGAUGCUUGGGAUGCCUUUGUAGACCUGCCUGAUUUAAUGCAGCAUCUUGACAACAACUUUAAAUACUGGAAAGGACUGGACGAAAUGAAGCUACGAAGCCUCCGACCACCUCCUGAAUAGCGGGAGACCACCCAGAGCCCUGAAGCUUUGUUCCUUUGGUCAUUUGGAAUUCCCGAGGGCAGCCAGAGUUCCUUGGUCCUUUCAGUAUUAGGCAGGACAGCCCCCUGGUCUGCAUAGCCUGUGAAAGCCCACGGGGACAUCAGUAACCUUCUGCAGCCACCAUCCGAUGCCAUUACUGUCAAGUGAGACUUGGCCACUAUAGCCUGGGCCUGCUGCAGGAGCUCUUCAGAAAGGCACAUGAAGACCAUGGUUUGCAUCAGCUUUCUGAUAAAACACAAGGCCUGGAGUGCCCCUGCAAAGGGUAUUAAUGGAUUUCCUGCCAGUGACAGAGCAUGUCUAUUGCAAACAGUUUCUCAGUUCAGCACUUAAGAACAGCUAAUGGCAAUAGGAUCUUUAGCAACUUUUUCACAUCAUAGAAGGUGCAAUCACUCACUUUGGAACACUACUGAGAGUGACUUCUCUUUUAAAAUUGAGUAGCAAAUGAAAAAUUAAAAGAAAAUUUGAACUUGAUUAUUAAUAUCAAUUAAAAUGCUUUAUUUAUUUUAUUAAAAGCUCAGUAUUUUCUGUGAAUUCAAAAAUACUUCAAAGCCAAAGGCCAACUUCAAAUACCAUGACCAAAUUUACAUGAUUCAUAUUCAUUAUGCAUUACUUGGUAUACAGACUUAUUUUCAUAAUGCAAAUUAAUAUAAAAUGACAUUUUUACUGCACUAUAGGAAUAUUCAUGUAUGUUAAACUUUUCUGAUUGAGGCUAAUUGGAAAAAGCUGGGGUCUUUUUUCUAAGCACUAAAGAAGGCUGCUUCUACUCUAUAGAACCCAGGGCUCUGAAAUAGCCCUAGCUGCCUAAUGAACUUCACAGGUAACUCCCCAAGGUAAAAUUAGACUCUUCUGGGUUUGCAAAGAAAAAUUAGGACUUAACACUUUUUUCUAAAAUUUUAUAAUUGAAUUCCAAAUGUCUACCCUAUUUUAUACUGUUUCUACAAAAUAUUCCUUAUAAAAACAAAGAACAAAAAUGGAAUAUUUAAUGAAUUGACAUUUUAUAACCAACCUGUUUUUAUCUGCAGUGGGAAUCUUUGAUGCCAGAAAUUUAUAAAGAGGUUCUGUAUCUUCACACUUUGAAUAAGCAUAAUACCAUAAAAAAUGACACUUGACAUGUCAAUGUGUUUGUCAUUUCAUUUUAAACUUGUAUUUGUGGUUUUUUCCCAGAUAAAAAUGAAAUUAAACCAUUUCUUUUUAAGAAA